UCAUCAGUCCAACGACUAUAUCUAAGUUAUAGUCUGUGUGCAUGCUACACGCCUUUCCUGUCAGGAUGACACCCAUGUUCUGGUGAAACACAAUCUCUGGUCCUUCUGGUAUGCAGAGAAUACUACCCGAUUGUCAUACUAAAGAACUUUCCAGGCGUAAUCAUUCCGCCACGUGAUUACAUCGACUUGUCUGGCAAAGAGAAGAGCGCUCGUUGCUGCUUUUCCCUGGCGAUUAAGCGUUUUCCAACAGAACAAUCAGAUUAGACACCAAGAAUGGCAGCUUCUAGUUUGAAACACUUCAGCCGAGAGGUAGUGGAAGAAAAGUUCCUCACUUGUUCUAUCUGUCUAGAACAGUUCAAAACACCAAAACUUUUACCAUGUCUCCACACCUUCUGCCUGAAAUGUCUGAAGGAGCACGUGGAACGUUCGGUCAGGAACGGUUCGUUCCCUUGUCCCAACUGCAGACAACCCACUGAUGUUCCCACCAACACCGACACGGGCUUCAAGACCAACUUCUUCAUGAACAGUCUGCUGGACUUCUUCGCUGACACUGAUGCCGGCCACACUUGUUCAUUUUGCUUGUCCACAGGAAAAACAGAAAAAGCCGUGUCUAAAUGUAUCGACUGCUCGGAUUAUUUGUGUGAAAAAUGCACCGGGGUCCAUGGAAUGACACGACAAACUGUCAAACACAAAGUCAUUUCUAUUGAUCAACUCGUUAGAAGUGGAGUAGAUGAAGAAACGUCGGCGAAGGCGGGAUUCCCGUGCUCGGAACAUCCUGAGGAAAACGUUCGCUAUUACUGUACUGUUUGUGAGAAACCAGUGUGUCGAGAUUGCAAGGCAUUAGAUCAUCACCAGCACCACUGUAUUGCAUUCCAGGAGGCUGCUAAAAAACGCAAGCCAUGGAUGAAAGAGUCACUGUCCUUUCUAAAGGAUCAGUUAAGAAGGGCGAAAGAACUGAAGGUCUCAGCUGAAGAAAACAUGGAAAAAGGGAAGAAAUUUUCUGCGCGAUAUGUUCAGGAAAUAGAGGGAAUAUACACUGAAGCUAUUAAGUACUUGACGUCACUUAAAACACAGACCAUUAAUCAGAUUAAUGAACAUAAUGCUACAUUCCUAAAACAGAUGACGUCGAAAGUAGAUGAAGCAGACAUGCGUUGUACACAAAUCAAGAGCUUCCAGGAAUAUUUGACGAAUGUCCUGAACGUGGGCACUGAUGUGGAGAUCUUGGAGACUUACUCGUUGGCCAGAAAACAGAAUCUUUUCCCUCAGGACACCCCUGACGAAAACUUCUCUUUUUAUGAUGACGAUUUGGCAAACAUGCUGGAAGUUUACCCUGAACGGCAACAUAUAUCAUAUAAUUAUGGAAUGGAUGUGCGCGAAACUUACUGGGACCAUGAUUGUGGACGUCGAGUGAUCUUGCCUUGUUCCAGGCAGAACCAGGAAGACGAAUGCUACGAUGAAGAUAAUUGCAUGCUUGAUUUUGAGGAAAGGCUCCCAGAAAAUACUAGCACAACGUUAUCCACCCUUACCUCUACGAUUCACGAAAUCGUCAGCAAUUUAAUGAACGCUUUGGUGCAAUACAUGAAGACAAAGGAAGAAGCAGUGAUAGAGCAAAUCGAAAACGAAUCAGACUACUCAAUGUCCAGAGGCCGCCCUCGAAUGGAAAGCCCUACAUCCUACCAACAGCUGACACCAGAAGCAGAGGAAGCCGCCAUCCACUCCGCAAAGGUCAUGAGGUUUCAGGAGUUUACGACGAAAGUAUUCAGCUCUGGCACUCGUCUUAAGAUGUUAUAG